AUGAUUCUCAAGCACCAACGAAACAAAUUUGUUCCAAGAAUCAAGGGCGACGUUUUAGCUGUUGUGUGUGAUGCCGGAGUGUUAAUUUUUUCUUUUCAAAUAGAUGUGCAACUCGUGGAACUUGAGGCUCUUCCCAAGUUGUUGGAAGCAAUCAAGGUUAUUUUGGAAAAACUUGGAGAGAAAGAUCUGGGAGAAACAAUGUUCAACAACUCUCGAAGCACCACUCAAUUGGCUUUUGUGGACUCACUGUUACAGAAAUUAAAGGAGCUGAUAAGUAGCAACAAUGUUGAACAUACAUCAAAGAGUCAUGCGAAGACUAUCCAAGAGGAACUUUUCAUCUUAAGAUCUUUCUUGGGGAACGCUGUGGAGUUGCAACAUGAUGAUCGGCCAGAAGUCCAAACUUUCUGGAAUCGGGUUUCGGAUGUGGCAUACCGAGUGGAGAACAUUAUCACGAUACUCCACAUUCCUUAUCAAAAUCAUUUGGUUCUAUCAUGA